AUGUCGACUCUGGACCCCACACCGUCCCGCAUCGCCCCCAGAGGCAGAGACCCCGCUCAAGGCGUAUACUAUAAACUCGCCUUCUUCAGCGUCGCUCUCUUUGCUGCUCCGAUCUCGGCCUACUACUUUGCCAAGGACCGCUAUCUCUCCGGCAAUGCGACGUACGCCGGCGGACUGGCCGCGUUGGUAGCGAACCUCGUACUGGCGGCUUACGUCGUGGCAGCGUUUUUGGAGGACGAUUCGGAUGCUGCUCCGCCACAACCGCCAAGGAAGGACAGGGCAGAGGAAAAGAAGUCGCAAUGA